AUUCAAUUCAACUCAGCUACCACACGCAUAUUGUCAUUGGUCUUUGCACUUCUGGUCUUGGAAUCUCUAGCAUUCACAAGAAUACUGAUACCAGCCCUUCGCUUCUUUACUCAACCCUACGGUUGAGCCGAAGUGGGAGCCAUCACUCAGCUUCUUGGCACGGUCAAGAGGCACAGUGAUUGGCAGCACCAUCAGCACUGACUCCAAUCGUCUGCGUGGGUAAAUGAGGUGUGUUACACUGACUCUACCUCGGCGGCUGCCUAUCAAUCCUUCCAGAGACAGCAAGCCACGGCGCUAUCUGAUUUUACUUCUUUCAGCUUAAGACAACUCCAGGCUAUCACUUUCAAACGGAGCAACCGUGUUCGUUCAAUGUGCUUCAUGAACCAAAUCUUCAACUGCUCUCUUCUGAACAACCGGUGAACGUGUCAAAACAAAUGUCAUCUUUAGAAUCGUCCAUGUCGCCUCUCAUCAAAGAGAAGCAGGAUAACGUAUAUCGGUCUGAUGUCCGAACACCGCCAAGGCACCCGAGUUGGGGCUGGGGACGUCUGGGAGUUGUGUUAUUGGCUGUUGUAUCUGGCGUGGGAGUUAUCAGCCAUUUUGGGCAUGGCCGCAUCAAUUAUGGCUUUCAUUUUCCGAGUUCGGGGUAUCAGACGCCGUCGUCGUCAGAGACUCCAGAACCGUCGGACGCUCCAGAAGGAUGGACCGAAUGGUCAGACAUCACCCCGAGCGAGAAGCUCAUCUGGCAGCCAUGCUUCCAAAUCUACGGCCCUGACUUCCAGUGCGCUCGAUUAACUGUGCCUAUGGACUACCACCGGCCGUUGAACGAGUCGGCAGACCAUCCGAAGGUGCAUUUAGCCCUGGUCCUGAAACCCGGUAUCAACCGUACCGAGGACCCGUCAUCCUUCGGAGAGUCUCCCUUGCUGGUCAACCCCGGUGGUCCCGGGGGUAGCGGGGCUGGCUUCGCAUUGUCAGCUUCUGGGUUGCUUCAGACAGCUGUCGGCAGGGACCGUGACGUUAUUGGGUUCGAUCCGCGAGGUGUUGGGGCUACCACGCCUAAGGCUGAUUGCUUCGUAGCACCUGAUGACCCUUUCGGACUCGAUGGACGUAAUGUCGCCUAUAUGCAGCGGCUAGGCUGGCUCACCUCCGGCCAUGACGUAGGCAUUGUAAACUCCAGCAAUGUUGCGCUCAGCAAGCUUAACGCUAGGUCGAAAGCGCUCUCUAAGCUAUGUAAGCGUGUCGAUGAUGUUUACGGCAACGACAGCAUUUUCCGGUAUUCGAAUACUCCCAACGUUGCACGGGAUAUGCUAUCUAUCGUCCAUGCUUGGGACGAGUGGCGAUCGGUCCCCGACGUCAAACCCGCCAAGUCCAACCAGAAACUGGAGCCCACAGAUGGGCAACAGACCGUUACUAAAAUAGAAGCUCAGGAUAGCACACAGGGUAAAUUGGUCUAUUGGGGGUUUUCGUACGGGACUUUACUGGGAGCCACGUUCGCCUCUAUGUUCCCGGACAAAGUUGGUCGAAUUAUCCUAGACGGCGUCGUCGACGCGGACCACUAUGUCAGUCCUAUGUUGGAUAACGCCAUAUUCGAUACCGAUGCGAUAUGGGACAAGUUUUUCUCUUACUGUGCCGAUGCUGGAUCGCGAUGUCCGUUCUACCAGUCCGGAGAUAAGCCCGGAGACAUCAAGAGCCGGGUUGAUGGCACUAUGAACUGGCUCGAGAAAGAGCCCGCAAUCGUUUUGCCCUACCAGGCAAACGUACCUCUCUUGAUUACAGCCAGUGACGUAAAGAUGAUCAUAUUCUCAGGUCUUUAUUCCCCGAUUGCCUCCUUCCCCGCCAUCGCUACACUCCUUAGAGCUAUUGUCGAUGGCAACCUAGACAGCUUCGUGACUAGCCCAGCACCGACAGUGCUUUGCCACAACUUAACUCUACCCCAAUGGCCGGACGAUGCCCAGAAGGUGAUCGGAUGUAGCGAUAAACGGUACAAGCUCAACGAUGACCUAGAUAGUCUUCAGGCGCGCUUCGAGGCGAUGGCCAACUUUUCCUCCUUCGCCGAUGUUUGGAUGAAUGUUGGCUUCAACUUAGGCUGUAAUGGGUGGGAUAUCGAAAGCAAAGACCCACCAAUGCGCUGGGACGACCAUCCAGCUCAUAAACAGGAACCUAUCGAAACCAGCUUCCCGCUCCUUUUCUUAUCUAACCAUUUCGACCCCGUCACACCGUUACGCUCUGCUCUAAAAAUGACGCGCAAGUUUUCACAAGCAAGUAUCAUAGAGCAGAUCGCAGAGGGCCAUUGCACUGUAUCGUGUAUCUCGUUCUGCACGAUCGGCCAUAUACAAGCGUACUUCAACAAGGGAAUCUUGCCGCCCGCACCGAAGUUCGACUCGGAUGAUGAGGGGCAGUGGACGACUUGCUCGUGCAACGAGAAGCCCUGGAAGUCGCUUAACGACAGGAUGGGAGUUCCACAAUCGAACGGCGGUGCUCUGUUAGAAAAAGUAGAAGGGGAAGCCGACAUAUUGGACGGCAUGACUGCCGAAGAGGCAAGUCUCAUGACGGCUUACGGCGGCCUACGAAAUAAGUUUGCCGAGUUUACGGCAGCCCAGCACCAAUCCGAAUACCGCAAUCCAAUUCAACUCCCGUGGAUGAUCAGCUCUUCGUUUAUGGAUAAUGAACAUCAUACUUGCAGCAAGCCAUGAGGGCCGUCAAAUCGGAGUCAGGGACAUUAUACAGGCAUUCAGGCAAGCAAGCGUUGUAGGAGCCUGUUUAUAUGACGUGGAGUUUGAUAGCUGAAUACUGUCCGCAUAACUAGGACAAUGUAAUAUAUCACAUUUACUUCACAAAACGAACCA